UUAUCUUGAUUCUAAAGCAGGAAGCACACUCUUGCAUAACGCAUAAUGCACAGUGCAUAAGAGCAUCAAUCAAUAAAAAUUUCUUUUUUCCUUGAAGUGAAAAGAAAGAAAGGAUUCAGAUUGGUUAAUUCUCUUAUACGUUAUGCUUUAUGCAAAGGCCUGUGUCGCAGCCUUAACCGUUCGAUUCCGUGGUAGGAGUUGGGGCCAUUCUCUUGUAAAGAAGAAAACCGUCCAUAAUAUAAAAUAUUGUUUUCCUACCUAAAGUGAAUCCGAAAUAAUGAAGGCAUUGGAGUUAUAUAGCGGGAUUGGAGGGAUGCAUUAUGCGUUACGUGAGAGUGGAAUUGCAGCUAAAGUUGUCGCAGCAAUUGAUAUAAAUCCUGUUGCAAAUGAUGUUUACCAUCACAAUUUCCCGGAAACUGUUCUUAUGAAUAGAAAUAUUCAAUCCAUUAAUGCACAGGAAUUAAACAAGUUAAAUGUGGACAUUAUGUUUAUGAGUCCUCCGUGUCAGCCUUUUACUAGAUUAGGGUUAAAAAAGGAUGCUUUUGAUAACAGAAGUUGUUCCUUGAAACACAUUUUGAACUUGUUGCCAGAAUUGAAAAAUUUAAAAUAUAUUUUGCUUGAGAAUGUUAAAGGUUUUGAAGUAUCUCAAAUGAGAGACGAAUUAGUAGAAUGCAUAAAAAGUUGUGGUUACGUCUAUAGAGAAUUAAUAUUAAGUCCAUGUCAAUUUGGUAUGCCAAACAGUAGAUACAGAUAUUAUUUACUGGCGAAAAGAAAUAAUCUGAAAUUCUGUUUUAAACAAUCAUCGUUAGGGAAUAAUUUACUUCCUGAAUUAUUUGAAUUACUACCAAAAAGUAAACACUCAGUAUUAGCGGAGAAAGAAGGUAAAAUUAAUCAGAAAUCUGGCAGACUGUGUUACACAUUAAAUAAUAUUUUGGAACAUAUUGAAGAUUCAAAAUAUUUGGUGCCUUCUAAGUUAUUACAAAAGAGAGCAAGGAUAUUAGAUAUACGAACAUCUGAGAGCAAUGGUUCCUGUUGCUUCACUAAAGGAUACAGUUAUUAUGCAGAAGGUACAGGAUCUGUAUAUUGCCCAUUUACAGAUGAAAUAAUCAAAUCAAAAUAUAAUGAAAUUACUAAUUAUGAAAAUGAUUCGAAUAAGCAAAUGCAAAUUUUGUCAGAUUUGAAACUUAGAUUUUUCUCACCUAAAGAAAUAUGUCGAUUAAUGUGUUUCCCAGAAGAUUUUCAUUUUCCAGAACAUAUUACAGAUAGACAAAAAUACCGUCUGCUAGGAAAUUCAAUUAAUAUUCAUGUAGUUAGCAGAUUAAUACUUUUAUUAUGUACUGAACAUGAAGAUGUAUAAAAAAAUCAAUGGAUUUGCUUUUUCCAUCUUUCGUCUCAUAACUUAAUAUUCUUGCAAUAUUUCUUACAUAUUAAGUCAUAUUCUUUCAUUUAGAGAGAGAGAGAGAGAGAGAGAGAGAGAGAGAGAGAGUGAGUGAGUGAGUGAGUGAUAUCUUUAUAAUUUAAAAUAGGGAAGACUAGGGACAGUUGUAACAAUGCAUAUAUCUUUUAAAUGAUAAGAGAUGAGAUGAAGAACCAAAAUAGUCGGUAUCGAGGUGUUUGACAUCAAUGUGCGUUACAUGUAAAAGAAUAUGUAGGGCUCAGAUAAGCCAUGUAAGUGUAAAUUUAUGAUAUACUUUUUUGCUUUAAAUUUUCAAAUAAAAUGUUUUUUUAUCA